AAAAUAAAAUAAAAAGGGAGCCCCGAGCGGCAACAAGCCAAUAUACACAAACGCCUCUCGCCGACCUCCCUCACCCCCAGAUGCCGGCCACGGCCAGCGGCGGCGCGCGGGCGGAGGAGGCAGCAUCCACGCCUUCGGACUCUUCCUCCGCGCCUUUCUGCAUGGGGACGAGGCCGGAGGAGCUUGCGGCCAGGCUGACCGCCGGAGGUCCCGGCGGCGUCAGCGGACCAGGAGGAGGAGGAGGACGCGGAGAGGGAGGGGAGGGGGAGCACGAGCGGGUGCUCGCGCUGCGCGAGAUCAAGAACCAGAUCAUCGGGAACCGGACCAAGAAGCUCCUCUAUCUCCGCCUCGGCGCCGUGCCGGCUGUUGUCGCGGCGCUGGCUGAGCCUGGCGCGUCUCCGACCGUGCUCGUCCAGGCGGCUGCUGCGGCGGGGAGCUUCGCUUGCGGCGUAGACGAUGGCGCGCGGGCCGUGCUUGCUGCUGGCGCCGUGGGGCACCUUACGCGGCUCCUCGCCCACCCGGACGACAAGGUUGUCGAUGCAUGUGCUCGUGCUCUUAGAAUGAUAUAUCAAUCAAAACAAGCUCCAAUGUUAGAUGUCAAUAAUGAGAAAAAUAUGGACUUUCUUCUUUCCCUUUUGGACAGCGAGAACGAAAAUGUUACUGAGCUGGCUGCUAAUAUUAUAUCAUACUCUUGCGAUGACAAUACAGAACAAUUAGCACUAUGUGGUGCUGGAGUUCCACAGAAACUUGUUAGUCUUUUUGGAGGUUCUAUGAAUCUACGGGAUGCUUGUUUAGAAUCUAUGACUGCAGUCAUAAGAAAUAACUGGGAAGUUGCUUCAAGGUUUGCAUCAAUGGAUCAUGGAAAAGCUUUCCGUUCAAUAGUUGGGUUAAUGCACGAUCGGAGCCCGCGCACAAGGCUACUUGCUUGUCUGUGCUUGAUUGCACUUGGUCAUGCUUCUCCCUGUCAUUUUCCGGACAGACAAAUUAAAACGAAGUUGAUUCUGGUCUUACUUGAGCUCAUCGAAGAACCUGGUCAUGUGGGAGAUGAGGCUCCCUUGGCACUAACUACUCUUAUAAAGGACAGUGUGGAACUGCAGAAACAAGCCUUUUCAACAAAUGCAGUUGCGAAGCUUAGCAACCAUUUGUUAGCAAAUACAUUGGAGACAAGGCGGGCAGUGACCAUAUUGCUUGCUUUAGCUGAACUUUGCUCCAAGCAAGAAGAGUCGAGAUCUCAACUUAUGUCAGGCCAGGUAUCAACCUUGAUACUUGAUGCGUUGAAGCAUGAUUGCGCGGAUAUUCGUGUUGCAGCAUGUUCAUGCCUGAAGAAUAUUUCUAGGUCAUCGAAGGUGCUUAGUGCAGGCCGCUUAUCCUGUGAUACAGUUAUUGCCCCCUUAGUCCAGCUUUUGUAUGACUCAUCUACUUCAGUUCAGAUUGCUGCCCUGGGUGCUAUUUGCAACAUUGCAGUGAAUUUAACACCCAGGAAAUCAGUUCUUCUUCAUUCUGGGGUCGUCUCCCAACUUGUUCAUUUAUCAAAGUCGAUGGAUCCAGCAUUGAGACUAAAAUCUGUGUUGGCUCUUAGGAAUAUUAUGUUCCUUAUGAAACCGAAGGAUAAAGACCUCAUUCUGAAGGAGCUAACCGUAUCUACUCUCUCAAGCCUCAUAUGUGAUUCUGAACAUUCUGUUCAGGAACAGACCUUGGCGCUGGUACAGAAUCUUCUUGAUGGAUAUGUGGACUCUGUUAACUACGUCAUUGGUGAAGAUGGCAUGGUUAUAAAUGCAAUCUCAAGACAAUUGAACAGUGCAUCUGCCACAGGAGUUUGCAUCCAGGGUAUGUUGGUGCUUGCAAAUAUGGCAGCUGGGGAUGAAUUAAACAAGGAAGCUGUAAUGGAUGUUACUGUUCCUCACCGAGCAGAUCGCAUGAAACCAUCUUUUGUGGUCAACUUUCUGCAGAGCAAGGAUAAACAAUUGAGAGUUGCAACCUUGUGGUGCAUUCUGAACUUAAUUUACCCAAACAGUGAUUCUUCAUCUACUCGAGUAGCCCGAUUCCAAAAUGCUGGUGUAAUUUCACAAGUAAAAAACAUGAUAAAUGACCCCUGCUUGGAUUGCAAGCUUAGAGUACGCAUGGUGCUUGAGCACUGCUUAGACAAUGCCGUGUCCGGUUUCAUGUGAUGGGUCGGCAAGCCAUUGAAGUUUACGGAACACCAUACACCAUACAACAAUCGGGCAAAGGAAAGCUGGGCAUGCUUGGCACCGCGAUGCAUGCUAUGAGCGUGAAGUCAUUACUAGUCUGUCCUUGUAUUGAGCACAUCACUGUAAUUUUUCCUCACGAGAACUCGAUGACAACUGGUUUCUGUUGCGGAAAGGCUGGCAAGCCCCUUGUUGUAAGUUUGUAAGCAUCCCACUUGGAGAACAUGAGUUCGUGAGUAUGCCACCUUGAGAACCUGAGCUGCUUGCUUGCGACCUGAAGGUGAUAUCCACCAGGUCCAGAAAAUCCCAUUUUGUAGUGCCACAAGAACCUUUGGUUGUGUUGUGAUGAAGAGUUUAUAAUCGAUCCACCGCUGUUGCUGUUGUAAA